AUGGCUGGAGCGACAGCUUCCCGAAAACGUAAAGUUUCCCAAUUCCUGAACGACAGCGAUAAAGCUUCAGCGCCUCGACAUGCCAAAGCGACGAUAAACGGCAAGGUGGAUUGGGAUGAAGAGCAGGACUAUGAACGAUUAGCUAGGCGGAGACAGAGGAAAGGCGAUAAACCGGAGAGUCAGCGAUUGCCAAUUAAGACUCCAGAAGGAAGAAUUCUUGCCGUGGAAGCGACCGAGCCAGAGCGACAGGAGCCGGAAAGUGACGAUGAAGACAAUGGUAUACACGAUGAGGAAUCGCCAGAGGAAGCUAGUGAUGAUGAAAUGCAAGAAGCCGAACCUGCAAAACCGAAAAAGUCGGAAAGGCAGCGGAUCGUGGAGGCUAAAGAGGAAUUGGCGACUAUCGCAUCUUCUAUUAACGAAGAGCCCGAGGAAAAUUACCAUUUGCUUCGAAAACUCCAAGAACUAUUCGGCUCCGAAUCAAACAUCACGAUAAAGAAACUAACCCUGAUCACACAAGCCACCAUUUUUCGAGAUAUAAUCCCUGGAUACCGAAUACGCCCUUUAACAGCUGAAGAACAGGCAAUGAAAGUCGCAUCGGAUGUCAGGAAGCUUCGAAAUUUCGAACAAUCUUUAGUCUCGAGUUACAAGUCCUACAUCGAUACUCUGGGCAAAGUAUCAAGACAAAUCGGAAAUCAGUUAUGCCCGGUUGCUAUAUCGUGUGUUUGCACAUUGGUCGACACUGUCCCACAUUUUAACUUUCGCCAGGAGCUUCUGAAGAUCCUUGUUGAAAGAUUGAGUGUUCGAGUUGUGGACGAAGCAUUUGUUAAGUGCCGGAAUACACUAGAGGAAUUUUUCAGACAGGAUGAGUCUGGCACUGGAAGUUUAGAGGCUGUAAGGAUGAUUAUAAAGAUGUUGAAGGCGAAGGAUUAUCAGGUUGAUGAGUCUGUGCUCAAUACCUUCCUUUCGCUAAGGCUCCUGGCGGAAUUGAAUGUCAAAGCUUCAUAUGAUACGAUCGAUCAGCCAGGACAGAAGAUGAAAAAGAAGGACCGGUUGCCAUUUACGAAAAAGGAGAAAAAGGCAUAUAAAGAAAAGAAAGUAGUAGACGCGCAAAUGAAGGAAGCAGAUGCGGUGGUAGAGUAUGAAGAACGAGACAGGAACCAGAGUGAAACCCUCAAAGCCGUUUUCUUAACCUACUUCAGAAUUCUGAAGGAGAAGAAGCCGACUUUGAUGGGUGCUACUCUAGAAGGUCUAGCCAAGUUUGCACACCUGAUCAAUGUCGAGUUCUUCUCAGACAUUCUUGCCGCAUUGCGAGAGCUAGUUGAGGAUGCUCAAGCGGACGCGGAUGCAGAAGAAGAGGUCGCCGAUGAGGAAGCCGCCGAAUCUCUUCAACGGGAGAGGAAUUUACGGAGAGAAGCACUUUUAUGCAUCGUCUCUGCAUUUUCCCUCCUCGCAGACCAAGCUAACGAAGCUAAAGGCCUCGUUAACAUUGAUCUCUCUUUCUUCACCACAUAUCUCUACUCCGUUCUCCUCCUACUAUCGCUCUCUCCAACCAUCGAACUCUCAUCUAAAUCCCUCCAUCUCGCCGACCCUUCAUCCUCCGAGCCUGUCGAAAUCCCCAGCAGUAAGGUCAACAAAGCCACAGAAAUUGAGAUGUUGCUCCGAUCGCUUGAUGUUGUAUUCUUCAAAGCGCCACGAGGGACAGGUGAAAUAUCAUCCGCAAGAGUAGCUGCAUUUACUAAACGAUUAUCAAUUGCAGCCUUACAGCUGCCCGAGAAGAGUUGUAUAGCACUUCUCACAUCGUUACAAAAUCUUGGGAAGAAACAUUCAAGAAAGGUACAUCCGUUAUUCGUAUCUGACGAUAUGGUUGGAGAUGGAACUUACGACCCGUUCAUUGACACCCCGGAGUUGUCAAAUGCCUUGGCUGGGAGUGCUGUUUUUGAGCAUGCUUUGUUGGCGAAUCAUUAUAGCCCUAAAAUACGGGAGCAGUCUAAACUAGUAUUGAAGAGUGGAACAUCUAACAGGUAA